AUGGUGAUAUGGCUAGACAUCGUACCCAUCGUCAUGGCCGGUAUUCUCGGAAUCUACGGCCUAGUUGUCUCUGUUCUCAUUGCCAACACCCUCUCCCAAAAGGCGGCUCUCUACACCAGUCUUGUCCAGCUGGGUGCAGGUCUCUCGGUUGGAUUAUGUGGGCUGGCUGCUGGGUAUGCAUCGCAGAUCUUUGUUGAGGCUCAACUAAACUGGACAGCUUUGCGAUUGGAAUCGUGGGCGAUGCGGGCGUCAGAGGAACGGCGCAGCAGCCUCGGCUUUACGUAG